AUGCCGUCACCUAUUGUCACUAAGAAACUGAAAGAAACCUCAGAAACGGAAGAAAGGGGGCAAAGUGAGGAAGAAACAGAUGUAGAAAUAGAAAGAACUUCCGAAAUGAAGGGGACUGAACAGGAACAAGAGGGAUCCACAGAAGAAGAUCCUUACCCUUCCCUUUGUUCAGAAGAAAAGGAGGAUCCGGACAAAUUGAUGAAAUGGAAGAGACCUGAAGGAAGGGGAGAGAAGCUGGUAACUCCUAGUGAAGUGUUGGGGAAGGUGUCGAACUUAAUAGCAGGGAAGGAUACAAACGUUGCACCAAACAAUCAUCUCGUCUACGUUUUGCGCACUGGACGCCUUAGCAUCGUCCCUUCUUCCCCUGACUCAUCUGACCAGAUUCCAAUUGUUGAGGUCCCUGGUCACAAGGCUCAUGGUACUGUCCCACAGCCCGGCUCCGUAGUCAUUGCACGCGAAACUAGUGUGAUGGCUAGAAUGGCCUCAGCUGAUAUAAUGUGCAUUGGGGCCAAGUUCAUGUGA